AUGCCGCCGCCACCACCCCCCAAGAAACCGACCGAGCCCCAGGGCAAGAACGAGCGCAAUGAAUACAUCCCAUCCUUCAUCUCCAAGAAACCCUUCUACAUCGACGACGCAACCGCCUCGCAAGAAGAUUACCUCGAACAUCAACGUCUGCAAGCCCAGAAAGACGAGUCCCUCGCAACCCAAAAAUGGUACACCAGAGGCCAACGCGCCGGCGCUGCAACAGCCACAAAAUACCGCAAGGGAGCUUGCGAAAACUGCGGCGCCAUGGGCCAUGCAAAGAAAGAUUGCUUGUACAGACAAAGGAAGAUCGGCGCAAAGUUUACAGGAAGCGAUAUCAAGGCAGACGAGACGGGACAGGAUAUCAACAUGGGGUGGGAGGCCAAGAGGGAUAGAUGGAGCGGCUACGAUGCGCGUGCGUACCAGGAAGUCGUGAAUGAAUACAACGACCUCCAAGCCAUCAAGGACGCGAAACGGAAAGCUUCUGCCAUACCAGAGGAUGAAGACGAGGAAGCAGCUGCUCAACAAGACGGAGACAAAUACGAGGAAGAAACAGACAUGGGUCGCAAACAGCCAAACUCGUCUCGAAACCUGCGUUUGCGAGAAGACACGGCAGGCUAUCUCAAAAACUUGGACCUGGAAUCCGCAAAAUACGACCCAAAGACCCGCACUCUGAUCGACGAUGCAGAAGGCGAAUUCCAACGCGCUUCAGGCGAUGCUGCAGAGUUCGCUCGCGCUCAACGCUAUGCCUGGGAAACUGCUGAGAACAGCGGUGCCAACAAUGUGCAUCUACAAGCCAACCCCACAGCAGGCGAACACUACCGCAAAAAGGAAGCUGAGGAAUCAGCCGCAAGGAAGGAAGCUACAAGGAAAGCACUACUGGACAAAUACGGCGGACAAGAACAUCUGGCUCCCGACCCGCUCAAGCAUGCCGCCAUCACCUCAAACGAAGUCUACGUCGAAUACGACGAACGAGGCCGCAUCAAAGGCCUACCCGAAAAGAAGGAAAAAUCAAUGUAUGCAGAAGACGUGCUGCUGAACAACCACACUUCAGUGUUUGGCUCAUGGUGGAAAGAUUUCACCUGGGGCUACGCAUGCUGUCACUCCACCAUGAAAAACAGCUACUGUGUUGGCGAAGCCGGAAAAGUCGCUUCCUCGAAUGCUGAGAAACUUGCCACUGGCGCAUUACUGGACGGUCCUGAAGCUUUAGAAUCGAAUGCUGCAACGGAAGUGCCAAAGUCCAUUGCUUGGAAAGAGGAAGAGAGGAACGAAGAACAUGUUCCCAACGCGCCGGACAGACCUGAAAAGGUCCGCCAAGAUGAGGAGAACACCACCACCAGACCUUCCGAAGAUCGCAAAAGAAAACUCGACGAAAUCCGCGACGGCGUAACGGAAGAAGAGCUAGACGAAUACCGAAGGAAACGAAACGCCGGAAACGAUCCCAUGGCAGCUUUCCUAGGCAAAGACGAACUGGUCGAAUGA